CAUGCCACGAGCUGAAUUUAGGUGUUUCAGAAUGACCUCAAUCCUGGGCAUUGCAACUAACAAAGAAAUUAGAGCCUCGGUUUCGUCUAACAUUCUACCUAUACCGAGCUAUCGCACUGAAUGAUUAGCUAAGGCGCGAUACGGAAUAGCUGCAUUUGAUACUUUAGGAUCAUGGCGUCGAGCUACAAGUACGAACCCCUACCGAAAAACAGCAUCCGGUUCAUCGAACUAGACCCAGACCUCAAAGAUGGGAAACCACAACUUAAAGUCCUCUCCUGCGCGCGAGAUGAAGCACCGGAGUAUAUAUCAAUGUCCUACUGCUGGGGGCAGGACCCAGAAUCCGAAUCUAUAUUCCUAGAUGACCUACCAUUCGCAGUACGACCGAAUUUAUUCCAGCUAUUGCUUCACUUGCGUUACCACCGUCGGGAAUAUACAGAAUGGCGAUACUUCUGGAUCGACGCAAUAUGUAUCGACCAAAGCAAUACAGCCGAAAAAACGGAACAAGUAAGCCGCAUGGAAACAACCUACCGCAAUGCGUCCACCAUCGCAGCAUGGCUCGGCGUGCCCCCGGCCGAGCGUAACCAAGAACGCACUGGGCGGGACCACAUCUCGGAGCUUUCAUCGCCGUCUCUUGUGGACGAGAUAUUCACCAGUGUGUAUUGGUCGCGGAUGUGGAUCGUGCAAGAACUCAUCUUAGCGAAAAACAUAGUAUUGCUCUACGGACAUCUACGUCUACCGUGGAAGGGCAUGAGCGGGGUUUUACAGGCGUGGUCGACCUUCGGCAAGAGCCGGUGGCGACAUAGCGCUACGAUUAAUUUAGUUAAUAUGACAGUCGGCGCGGCGUAUACCCAGGAACACGGGCGUGCGCUGGGUGAGUUGAUGCGGUAUUUAGAACACUCCGAAGCAACGGACCCGCGGGACCGGGUUUUCGCUUUGCUAGGAUUGGUAGAAGGGGAGGAGAGGGAGGUAUUAGGCACGAUAUUCCCGGAUUACGAAAUGAGUCAUGAGAAGGUGAUGUUGGUUACUAUGGCGUAUUUAAAACAGAUAUACGCUCCGCGACCGUUUAAGUGGGUUGUUAAGCCGCAGCAGGUUUGGAGUGAGAAGGUUUUUGGAUUGGAUAAAGAGACUUGGGAGAAGAUGUGGAGCGAGACGGAGGGGUAUGAGACGCCUCAUGAUUUGACGAAUUAUUCGAGUGUUUGGAAUGCGAAGGGUAUUGGGAAGUUGUUGAAGCCGGGACAGGCGGGGGAGACGUUCCGCGGACAGAAAGAGGAGCUUAAACGGCAAAGGAGAAAAUGGUUUGAGUUGAGAGUGGAUGCGCUCCGAAAAUUGGCAUCGGAGUCUAGCCGAUGAAAGAGGUUUGUGUAACCUCACCUUUGGAUUUCGGAGUAGAGGCCGAUGAGGGUAGAAUGAAGCGGAUUAACUCCGAUGGUCUUCUAUGAUAUAAAAAUUAGAAAUUUGCAUAUGGGGAAUAAUUCCACUUCAUGACGUAUCGGUACAUAUAAAAAUAGAAUACAAAUACUUGCAUGCGUCGGAUGUGUUGCGGAAUCUUGCUUCGCGCACCGCGGGACCGAGAAC